CCAGCAGCUCUUUGCUAAACCACAGGUGAACGAACCUGUGGCGAGCGGGAUGCAGCUCCCGAAAGUGUCUUUUUACCGCUUCCACUACCUGUGGCUGCUCCAGCGAUCGGUUGAACGCACAAAGUGCGCCCAGAGAAACCACAGGUAGUGGAAGCGGGGGAUUGGGGGGAGUAGGUCGGGUACUUAAUAGACGGAGUAUGGGAGGAGAGGCCAUGGGAAGGGGUCGUGAUGGCAAGGAUGGGGGCGGAGACGGUGGCGGAGACGGGGGUAGAGGCGACGGCGGCGGCGGAGGAGACGGAGAUGGAGUUGGAUCGAAGGAGGAGGUUAGGGGAGGUGGUGGGGCUGCUGGACCGGUGGUGGAGCAGCUGCAACUGGCCGGGGAGGGAUGGCGCUGCGUCUGGUUGGCGUUUUGAAGGACCUUCAACGAGUUUACUAGCUCGUUUAUUAGCUGGUUUUCUGUGGGAGAAAACAAAUUUUUUAGUAAAAACAGAUAAUCUUAACGACAAAACACUAUACACUCUUACUCUGAUUUAAUAUAUGCCGUAUCCUUUCACGUUCCGCUUCAUCUUUUUUUGUCUGUUCCAGCAAGCGCAGUACUUCUUCUCGAACGUCGUUCAUCUUGAGCUAUCUGAUCUGAUCUAGUGAUCCUGCGACUGAUGAAGCGUGGCUUGUGGGUGCGGAAUAAGCCGGUGAUACGAAUUCGGCAAGCGUAGCCAUCGACACGGAGACAAAGACCGGGGGGCGACCGCGUGCCAAAGCCAUUCGAAAGCCAAGCAAAAGCCAACGAUCUGAUCGAAUUCAUUACCCAAGCGAAAUAAUUCGUCCCGGACUGGUUUAAGUGUUGCACUUCGGAAAACCGCGACGAAACCGAUCUUGCGGGGCCUCAGAAUAGCUUGCGAAGGCUCACGAAGCAGGAUUCGAUAGCCGUACUGGGUUAAAUCCUCAUUGAUUCUAAAAACUUCGCGAGUUUUACAAUGAAUAUUACACCGGAACGACACCACAAUAUUUCAAGAUUGAAAUCCCCUAAAACACCGACCCAGGACUCUGCUGGCACCGUGGCAUGUCUGAGAAUUAAUGCCCUCAUGACUAGUGUGGUCGAGCACAAUCAGAAAUGGAAAAUUGCGGUUGAUAAGGGUUCUCAGUUCUGUUCGGCCAUCAAAAACAGUUUAAAAGAGAUUUUGCAAUCAUCAGCACAAACCCCUUAUCCGGAAAAUGUGAGUGUUUAUUGCAAUAAGCUAGCCAUUUUGAUAACAAUCCUUGAAGACGCGUUAUCGAACGUGGAAAACGGCGUGGUACUUUUGAAAUCGUUCGCUCACGCUGUGGAAGGCAAUGAAAUCGUUGGUACUACCUGGAACAUGAGUCGAAUUGUAAGUGCCAUGGAAGCAAUUUUCGCAUCGUACAAACAGGAAAUAGAAACGCGAAAGCACAUAUGCGAAAACAUCGCACACUCGCUAACCGUUGAGGAACUGCUGCUCUACGUCUGCACCUGGAAUAGUAUGAUGGAUGUGGAGCGAGACCGAGAGUUGCUGUUUAGAAUGAUCAUGUACGAAUUUGGACUAAAUGAAUAAAUGGUCCAAUGUGUAUAGAGAUUU